GCGUCCUCCCCCGUUAGCCCCGAGAGUCCCGACGUGUUAUACAUAUAUUUAUAAAGCUGCAUUGUGUCCCUUAGAAGUUUUUAAAUUCGUGACAACAAAGGAUUUUAACGAGUGUACUCUAUUUUAAACAGCCCAUGACUUUGUGUGCGUACAAUUUGACUAUUGUAUUUGUUUAUUGAUUUUGGCCCAUGGAUUCACUUAACACCCUCGUGGAAGAGGUUAGAAUUUCAUUGUUGAGUGUAGAGUGCGUGAGUGUAAACACACGUCUCGAACGCCACAAGAUCUGCACUUGCAGUAUCCGCACAGCAGAAGAGGAAAACAACAACAACACGUAAAAUCUUUUAUUUGACUAUAAUCAGUAAACAUGAAAGUGAAGAAGUGAACUCGAAGGAGUUGCGAGUGCCGCCACCCCCAUGACCGAGCCAGCCUACAGCCAGGCGCUUGGCCCUAGUGAUAAGCACCAUGGAAAACCUGGAGGAGAGCAAGCUCGCAGGCGGCGAUCAGUCGCAAAAAAAAGACUGCACAGCUGACCUGCUGCCAAAAAUGUUGUUCCAGGGCGAUGCUGCUGUGGUGGCUGCAGCCGCAGCUGCCGCAGCAGUGAAGUUCACAUCAAAUUAUCUUCCUCCCAUAGGUGUUUUUUGGGACAUAGAAAAUUGCCAGGUUCCAAAAGGCCGCUCUGCCAUGGCUGUAACUAGAGUGAUAAGGGAUAAAUUCUUUAAUGGUUAUAAAGAGGCAGAGUUCAUUGUUGUGUGCGAUGUGCAGAAAGAGAACAAACUGAUAAUUGACGAGCUGAAUGACGCUCAAGUGAAUCUGAUUCACGUGUCAGCCACUUGUAAGAAUGCAGCUGACGAAAAACUCAGACAGUCGAUUAGACGUUUUGCCGAUACCCAUGGCAGCCCCGCCGCUAUUAUAUUGAUAUCGGGAGAUAUCAAUUUUGCGGCCGACUUGAGUGACUUGCGUCAUCGCAAAAAAAUACAUGUUAUUUUGUUACAUAAGGAAAAUACAUCGGAGGCUCUCAUACUAUGUGCAGAUGAUCACUAUGAUUUUACGCAGCUGUUCCAAUCUCUACCUUCUAGGACACCUAUGAAGAUGGGAGAAUCAUACGACUUGUUGGUCAGCAACCUGCCCGAGGAUAAGGAGGCUAUGGGGAUAAAGCGCCGGCUCAAGCAAUUGUCAUAUAAUUGUGGUGGACGAGUCGUCCAAAUUCGCCAAAGCUCAGCUGUUGUGCGAUUCAGCAAUAAAGAGACGGCAGACAGGGCGCAAAAGCGUAUGCACGGCGAAUACGUUUUCGAUUCGAAAAUCAGCGUGAGAUACCUCAAGGAAAAGGAGCGGGACUUGUGCACCGAUUCUCGUGAUCAAGGUAGCAACGGUAACGUGCGCGAAGGCACGACGAGCGAGUCAGAAGUCGUUGGUGAAAACACUAACGAAAUGUACGGGGUGGCCAACGCGAUAUCAGGCACGAGGAGCUUGCCUGGUACUCCGCACUACCCGACCUCCUCACCAAUCGUCGGCAAUUAUUCCAGCUGGAAUGGAAUGUAUUACACCCCCCAAGGUGGGGUGUUCCCGCCACCUCCGGCUUUCGUGAUGGGAUACCUCCCGAACGACCCGGCCAGAUCGUAUGCUGAGCGCGUCAGAAGCCAGUCGCCUCAAAUGUGGCCAAUGUCGAAUCCACAACAGCAACAGCAGUUGUAUCGCUAUUGGGAUGAUCGCUCCAAGGCUCGUGAGUUUUCUACUCCUGAAACAUCCAACUUCCGAACAGUUAAGGGCCCUCUACCUGCCAGAAAUGUACAAUAUCCUCAGCAAUCCGAUUGGAAUCCACCUAGACCACCAUGGUCUGCCAAUACCUCAAACAACUCGAUAUUAAAUUUUUCAACUCAUAAAUUGCGAACUCCAUCUCCAAUGUUUGCUCCAGCUAGUCAGGAUGGUAAUCAUUGGAAUGGCCAGCAGGGGCACUCUGGUGGUAACAGAAAAAGAGAUAGAACUCCAUCACCUUAUGAAGCCAUGUCUACUUUACCUGGCUCAGUAAAGAGAUCUGAUCAUGUCUCUCCUUUCAGACAGAGCAAUUCUGAAAGUGAAGAAGUUGAGAACUUUUUCAGUCCCAUCAGUAGUCGCAAUAGUAAUGGAGUUGUCAAUGGUAAUUGUACUCCAAUCGAGCUUCAAGUUACCAACUUGGAUCAAAACAUUGACCCUAAAGAUAUGAGACGCUAUCUCUCCUCUUUAUUCAUGGAGCAUGUCAUGGUACUUCAGAUCUCCAUAACCGUACACUCGGAUGGUAAUUUCGCUGCAACCGUCAAGGUGCCCUCGCUGUCUGAGGCACAAUACGCGAUAUCUCAGUUGCAUCGUCGCAAAGUUGGUCACAAGCGUAUCCUAAUAUCAUAUGUGCACACGAGUGGACCAAAUCCACAAAUUAUUCGUGCCCAGAUAGUUAUGCUGUUGCAAGAGGUACCGGAACACAAGCUGCCGCUUUUUAAAUUCCGCGAGAUGUUUGAGAGUAGAUUCAUGGUAUCGAUUGGCAUGUCAGAAUUGUACAAGAUGAAGGAUGUAUGCGUUAUUACGGAUGAUCCGAGCGGAAGAAUGGUAUCAUUAAAUCCCGAUCAUCGAAACACACCCUCGCCCAAUUUGAAUACAACUUUGGAUGGGCAAUCUUUGGAACUACCUUAUUGCACGAUUCAUGCUCAGAAACCUUGGGUAAAUAAAGGCUGGGCAGAACAAGAGAUGGCCUCGUUACCUAAUGUAAAAAUAUCAUUGAAGUUACUCUCCGAAAGAGUUCACCAAUUGUUAUCAACUCACUCUGAAAUUUUGCCUCUGAUGAGCUUCCCAUGUUGUUACAACGCUGAGUUUAACGAGCCCCUUGAGAUUGAUGAAAAUGGUGUUCCUCUUGAACAAUUGAUUUCCUGUUUACCAACUGUUGAGAUAAAGCAAGGAUUGGGUUGUGGAAAAAAGCAUAUUGUUUGGGCUACUAAUAAGGAGCAGGACGACAACCCAGACGAAAAUAAACGAAGCAGUUCGCCUUUGGCAAACCAGUUAGCUUUCUUCAGUCGCGAGUUGGUCGAUUUGCUCAAAACUGCUCCACACUGUCAGCUGUCAUUUAAUCGGCUCAUUCCAGCCUACCAUCAUCACUUUGGUAGGCAAUGUAGGGUUGCAGAUUAUGGAUUCACUAAGUUGAUUGAUUUAUUAGAGGCCUUAUCUAACACAGUCCUUGUAAUGGGUGAGGGUAACAAGCGAAUCGUAACUUUAUCUCAUCGAGCUCAAGUGCGUCGUUUUACGUCCGAUCUUCUUCGUGUCUUGAAAGCUCAAGCCAGUAAACAAGUGACACUUACGGAAUUCCCUGGUGUAUAUGCUCGUGUAAUAGGUAAACCAUGGGAUAUCGCCGAUUAUGGUGUAUGCAAUAUAGACGAUAUCCUUGGCGAGGUAUCUGAGAACAUUGUUGUAGUUACCGGCAGUAAGGAUGGUAAAGAUCGCGUGAUUUCCAUUCCCAAGAGAGAACAGACUGGUGAUGAAAUUGAAAGAACCAAACAAUUUGCAGCAGAGGUGGUUGAAUUAUUAAAACACGCACCUCAACAGCGAAUGCUGUUCAAUAAAUUUGUGCCUUCCUAUCACCACCACUUUGGCCAUCAAUGUCGCGUCUCGGACUACGGUUUCACGAAACUUAUCGAAUUGUUCGAGGCUAUCCCGGAAAUCAUUAAAAUUGAGGAAGGCAAUGGAGAGGAUCGAAAAAUUUUCCUCACCGAAAAAGAAGGGAUACACGUACUUGGUGAACAGAUGAGCAAGCUGAUCUCUCGUUACGCUGACUCGAACGGUCAGCUUAUGAUUUCGAGUAUUGCUAAAGUUUUCCUUGAGGAUUUCGGGUAUGCUUUACACCCCGAGCUGUUCAAUUGCAGUUCUAUACUGCAUUUGAUGGAGAAGCUACAUGGCUAUGUAAAAAUUGUGAAUACAAAAAAUGGCGUCGCUGUCGUAUCGAUAGACAAGAACCAUAUUCAACAGCUAGGACUCGAGUGUCGUAGAGUACUAAUGGAUGCGGCCGAUAAUCGCAUGCCAUUUGGCGAAUUCGAGCAAUGCUACGAGAAAUUUUUUAACAAAAAGUGUAUGAUAGAAAAAUACUCUCACAGCCUGGAGUCUUUUGUAAAAAUUUCUAACGAAAACAACGAUCGCUUUAUCGAAUUAACGCCUAUCCAACGUUUUGCCUGCGACGUGCAGCGUGUACUUAUAGCCCAUAAUGGAAAAAUUAAUAUGUCGCAGUUCGAGGCAGCAUACCUCAAAGUUAUCGGAGCUGCUUGCAGAAGUGCUCAGUACGGCUACUCAACGCUCUAUGCAGCUCUUCGUGCUAUACCGUGCACGGUCAUCGUUAAAGAUAUUCGUCACAGAAAAAAAGUUAUUCAUCUAAACAGGAAACUUAGUGCCAUUGGGUUACUACCGAAAACAUACGCCUCAACUUAUCAGGAUACAGACUCUAGCAAUGAUUCCAUUGAAAAUGGUUACUACUCGAAUUCAGUAGAAUUAACCAAUUCAGUACCGGUAGUAACCAAUUCUAAUGUACCGGUUUUGAACGAAAAUUCCAAGUGGAACGCCAUCUCACAACAAUCGGCUUGGAGUAAAGACCAAAAUACGUGGGAGUCAAAAUUAAGUCACUGGACUAUUCCUAAUAACAAAAACAAGACAGACGAGCCACGAGAGUGGUUUGGCCUGGAAAGUCGAAGUAACAAUUUCUUCGAGAAUCUCGAGAAAGUAGGCAGUACUUUCCCUCCUCCUCCACCAAAGCCAGAUUCUCCAGAGGACUCGCAUAACAAGAUGAGUUGCUGGCAGUCGUCUUCGAUAUGGUCUAGUCCUCCAAAAUUCGAUAUGCCUCCAUUGACUUUGUCACCAUUGAAACAAAUGUCAGGUAUCGAAGCAUCGGACUUGAUUUCACCGACAAAAAGUCUCCUGCCAGCGACUGCAAAUCCGUUCAAUCCUCGUGUCUCUCCCUUCUUCAGUAGCAAGCACAACGUUGUGGUUGCUCCACAUCCGUCAGAACUGCCACUGCCAUCGCUGUCUUUCACACCGAAAAAAACGGCCAGUCCCCAAGAACAAGAUAGCGCUAUCGUUACGUCAGAAAAUAGUGCUAGCUUCUCCAGCUCACCUAUCACAUCUAGGGAUAACUCGAAUAAGGAGAACUCUAGCAUUGAACAAAACAACAGUAUUGAUACUACACCUACCAAACGCUCGUUCCAUGGUAAGUGCCGUCUGGCUGCACAGUUCAACCAACUGCCCUUUGAUUCAUAAGGUUACCGAACUACUUGCGAGUUUCACGCAAUCCUUACUUUUGCGUGCGUCAGACCGAUUUACGAUACGAUAACGCGCCCAAGCGUAAGUGCGCAUGUUAUUAAUUUGAGUUAUUAAGUACUCGCGGUGAACAGACGAUUCAUUACUUGCAUAAAAGAUAUUUUACCUCUGUAUUACCCACGAAGUCAUGCAUCACAAAAACGAUUAUUCUUAUUACUAUAGUAGUAACCGUCGAUGUGUAUAUUGUUGUAAAGUCGUUACACGAGCGAUUACUUUAGUUUAUUAUGUCGAUCUAGUGAAGCUGUAGUAUUUCUGGAUCGCGUAUAGCAUUUCCUCGUCUGUGAUAUAAAUAUUUUUGUACAAAACAAUUCGUAAGAACUUGGAAUGAGCAGUUUUAAAAUAAGCACAUCCUUCAUGUUUUAUAAACUUUUUUUUUUUUUUUUUUUUUUUUUAAAUCCAUUUUAGUAAUAGAUUGAUAUUGCUCGUAACACAUUUUUAUCACGAAAAAUAAGGUAUUUUCUUUUUAAGAAAAUAUUCAAAUUGUCAAUAUUUCUUUUUAAUUUUAUUUACAAAGCCCCAAGCGAAAUAUCAAUCAAAAUGAAAAAUUGUGCUGUUUUAAAAUUGGUGGAUUAUCGCGGAGAAAUCUCUCAUUAGGUUCAUUUUACUGUAUAUUGUAAAACAUCUAUUCGUGGAAUGAUUGCAAACAAUUGAAUGGUUAUGUAACAGUAAUAUAAGAAACCUUUAGCCCUUCGAACCAGAAAACUUUUCCUUAUUACAUGAAAUUAAUAAGUAGUUUGGUCGUGAAAAGCAAUGAAACCUAAUAUAGAUUUUAAAAAGGAUUCAAUAAAAGAAAGUAUUUUAUUUUUAAGAAGUCAUAAUAAUGCGAGACACGGAAAAAAGAAGCAAAAAAAUUAAAAAUUGUUUGAUGUGAAUGUGUUUGUGUAUGUACGUUAGAUUAGUAAGAUUUCGUAGUUGUCCAUAUAUUUUAAGUUAACAUGCAACUUCAUAAUUGAAUUCCAAAAAUUAAAUGUCAUGCCUCAAAUGCAGCUCUAACAUUUUGCUUAUAGUUUUGUGAUUUGAAUUGAUCUCCUUAGAUCCCCGUAACAUAUUCAAGUUAUAUUUUUCUUUUACAUGCUUUUUACUGUAAAUCAAGUUAUGGAAAUUCCUUUAAUCUAUAAAAUUUGAAGAAAAAAAUAAAACAAUAUCAUGUUGUGAACCGAGUUCAUAUCAAAUUUGCAUCAUAAAA